GGCCGGACCUGGAAACACUGCUGCUAGUCGCUUUGCCUCCUGUUUGUCAGCACUCCACAGUUACGAUGAAGAUCCUCUUUCUGAUCCCAGUUUGCCUGAGCCUGAUUCUCAGCAGCUGUGCACAGAAGCCUGAACCAUGCAAGUCUCCGCCUUUGCUUGAGGGGUCACUGACUGCGUUCAUCCCUGGCCACCACUUACAUGUUUUUGAGAAAUUCUCCUAUGAUGCCUUUGGACAGAAUGUCAGAGUUCUAGCAGCUGGAAAGGAUGGCAACCAGACCUUCUUUGUUGACAGGCUUCUGCUCUUUAAAGAGGGAGUCAGCUAUGAGAUCCACUACCACAACCAAACUUGUAUUAAGACAGCAUUAAAGGAACCAUUCAGACAUAUUGGGGUUCCCCAUGAUGCCCAUUUCCUGAAUCAAUUGGUCCUGGGUAGCAGCUCUUUACCAGGACAAGGACUGCUGGUCAAUAACUGGAAUGGAACAUGGGAGGAAACACAAGAAAGCUACCUGCUGACCUUCACUGCAUUUGGCUGUGUGCCUCUCUACACCCUGGAUUUCACACAAAAAGGGGAAUUAACCGUAAUGACAAGCUUCUUUGACCUAGUGGAGGGAAUCGAGGACCCAAACGUCUUCAUCCCUCCUUCAUUCUGUGAUUCUGUGGAAGUGCUGCCGGCUAAAGGAGGUGUUGGUGCAAGAUCCUUCAUCUCUCUUCUGUGAGAGGAACCACACUGGUUUCUGUCAGUGCAUGUCCUGCUUAAAUUGCAGCAUGGACACACCACUUUUAUUUUAAUAAAGACCAUUUUGGAUUUUUUUUUUAAACACAAUAAACAGUAACAUGGCUAUCCAAA